AUGCCUGACGUGCCCGAUGACCCGGCGGAAAAGAAGAAGAGUAUUGUCCAACGCGUCUGUUUGACCCUCCCUUUUUCUGGGCUCUGGCAAGAUUACAGUCGGGCUCAUGUUAAGUCGGCGUGUCGUCAAGGCGUUGCCGCCGCAGUUACACGGGAACUGAAAACCAUGCCUGAACCAGAGGUUCAUCUUAGCAUGGCGACAGUCAUCUUCUUGAUCGGAGGUCCAGGUGCCGGAAAGAGUACUAUCGCCACUAAGCUUGCCGCAGACCUGGGACUCAUACAUCUUGAUCCUGACAAGAUCGUCCGUCGUCUGGAGAUCACUGGUCCAGAGGAGAUAUGGCUUGCAGUGAAAGGCACUAUGGACGAGAACGGAACUAUUCCGGACGAUGUACUGAGCCUUCUCUUGAAGUUUGAAGUAUCUAAGCACCUAGAAGCACCUAAAUGUGUGUUUUUGAUCGAGGCCUUUCCUAGGUCGUAUGCGCAGUUUGUAGAAUUCAUCAGCAUCUGUGGCUACGGGCUUACUAUCAGCCUUGAUGUGUCCUCUGCCACUUUGAUGAGACGCUUUAUAACGGAGACUGAAUCAUUUUCAGAGAGAGUGGCAAGGAUGGAAGAUUUCCUCAAACGUGAAGACGCCUUUGCUGUUGCAGAACUUGCUCUCCAUCUCCAUCCCAGCUUCACGGAAGGGCUAAUCAAGGUUUGCGCCGAGCUGAAGGUCGAAGAAUACUACCCACAUCUGAAAGGCCUUGUCGAGAGAAAGCUUGCCAGUCCUAAAAUGGUGCUCUGGACCAAAGAAUUGGGUAUGGAAAUGGUGUCUCCUGCGGAAAAUAUUGAACUUUAG